AUGGCGGGAAGUAAUUCUGAGAAGGGACAGCGCUAUGCCGUUGCCUUGAACCAAGCGCGUGCCCAGGGCAAGUGGGAUGAAGUCCCAGAAUUGAUCCGAAAGGUCACCAAGCAUGCACCGCAAAAGACAUGUUUGAUCCAAACAGCAACGGCUGAAAGUCGAGUCGUCGAGUAUCUACGACAGAAAACUGGCCCCGAAGCCCCCGAAGAUGAUCCUACACCUGCGCCUGAGCCUAACCUUCCAGAGCUGAUACCCACUCUUCUGACAACAAUCGACAACAAAGAUGGUUGCCCGCAGGAGAUACUGCAGGCACAGGUCUGCGUGGGAUGGAUUCAUUGGGCCUUGGCCGAGCCCAUGUUGGCCGCAGCACGUCUUCCAAAGGACUUUACUAUGACCGUUCACGAUAUACUGAGUGAAGGUGAUGGCCUCUCCUCAUGGACCGAGGUUUGUAUAGUCAAGGGAUGCUACAUCAAAGGAUCAGCACAAUCUACAGUCUCAGGAAUUGACGAGACUCUGGAGACAUUUGCUUCGCUUGUGCCAUGGCUUGGGAGCGGGGUGCUUACGUCGAGUACCAACGCGCAAUUCCUCAGUUGGUCUGAAACCAUGCUUGGAAAGGGCGCCCUGUUGGCGAGUGAAACGGCGACAAAAGCUGCGCCCAUGUCUGACCCUAGACAUGUGGAGAUUGCGCUUCAGCUUUUCCGCCUCUGGGCGUCCCUUACUUCGGUGAUGCAAGGGCUCGCUUCUCCACAGACCUUGUACACCGACGCCUCCGGUUCACUGUCUCGGGUCACUAUUUGGAGGGCCUACUACGGAUUUCUCUCUACUGUUCUCCAGGACAACCUCAUUUACACCCCUGUGCACAGCGGCGUUCCAGAACGCCCCGAAUUGGCCAGCGAAUUACGGCGCAUUGAGGCUAUUUGCGAAAGCAACCUUCUUCGGGAGGCGAAAUUCCCCACCGCUAGUUCGAACAACUCCGAAAUUGAGGAAUGGAUCGAACUGGUCAUCAAAAAUUGGCAGAUCCUUUGCGGACCGCACUGGCAGGACCAGGAUCUUGGCGAAGGGGGUCAGAAUGCCGUCGGCCGGAAUGUUUUGGACAUGCUUUACCGCGCAGCAACCAAGACAUACCAUUCACACCUUAUUCUUCGGCGGUUGUUCCACGUUCACGCGGCUUUAGCGGACUUUGAUCUGGCCAUCAAAGCUCUAGACUCUUACAUUGAGAUUGUGACUGCCGCCAAGGAAAGAGCUGAGAAGGGGGCUGAACUGGGUGAACUGGAGAGCGAUGAAACACUGUUGCAGACGCUCUCCGAGGGUGUUUCUUUACUCAGCAGCCUUGGAUCGUUUGCCGAAGCAGAAAAAGCCAAGGAUUUGACGGAACUGAUCAGGGAGUAUAUCGGCAAGCAAGUUGCUGGUAGAGAAAAUGGCAAAGUCGACGGCAAGCUAUUGCUCUUGCAAGGCUCGAACUCUUCUCAACCUCGAGAAAUUCCGCUUGCGACACUUGCCACUGCCUACAGAGCAAUCGGUGUCGGCCUUGCAACUUGGGCAUAUUGUACUCCUUCGAAUGAGGCACGCGAUGAAAUCAGAGCUGAAGCCAUUCAGUACCUGGAAAGGAGUAUCGCACCUGAGCUGGGCGAUCAAAGAAACUACUCCUCGCUCUACACACUCGCUAUCGCAUUGGCCGAAAAUCGAGAUCUGGACACUGCGAUCAACUACGUCAAAUAUGCUUUAGGCUCCCAUGGCUCAGCUCCUAGCUCCGAGGAUCUUCUUAGAGAACGGGAUCUUGUACCCCUUUGGCACUUGCUGUCGCUGCUGCUUAGUGCUAAGCAGGACUUUGAAAUCGCGGAGCGGUCAUGCGAAGCUGCCUUUGAGCAGUUCCCGGCCGAGAUUUUUGCUAGAAACAGGCGUUCUGAAGGACGUGAGUCCAGAAAUUCGCACCUUUCUGGCCCUCCCAAGCGCACAUUUGUCAGCCGACUGUCAGGCCGUGAGAAAGAACGCAUUCUCGAGACUCGCAUCACGCAGGUCGCAUUCACUGAAAUUCUCGAAGGGCCCGAGGCUGCUCUCAAUCAAAGUGACCAAUUACUGGGACUGUUUAGCAGUCUGUUCUAUGACUUUAACCUCGAGGGCGAAGAAAGGACAAAUUCAUCCAAGCCAGAGCAUUUGGUACCACCCAAAAGCUCUGCUGGUACAACGAAAAGUUCUGCUGGUACAAUAAAAAGCUUCCGUAGCAGCAUAUUCCAUCGGAACAGGAAUUCUCAGAUGCCAGAGCGCCGAGCCGAUCCAACUGGCUCGAAGCCUACUACCCCGACCCCGCCAAUUCCAGCCAUUCCAAACGGACAUUUAACUGGAUCUGAUGCACCUGCCAUCCAGAUCACGGAUGAAGAUACCCAUGCACAGUCCGAUCGCGCCUCUACAAUUGGCAGGUCGGAUUCAAAGAGGUUAAAGAAACGCAGCAACAGCUUCCUUGGGAAUGAGCGAGCCCGAGGCCAGGAACCUCCUCUUCGAAGCGGAGCAGAGUCUCCAGAAUUGGUUGGCAACGCGGUAUCUGGAAAUACAUCACCCAUGUCAGCACACCAUUCGACGACCGGCAAACAACCCCUGCAGCCAGUGGCUCACAACAUGCAUCAUAUGCAACAACCGCUCCCAGUUGGUCACAAAGACCAGCCACCAUCGCAAGAUGUUCGACUUCCAGGCACGGUUCAUCACCGAUUCGACUCUCCAUCAAAGGCGAUCACCAAGUUCUCAAUUGCCCAAUCUGAGAAGCAUGCCCUUGGAAUGCUUAUCAAAUUGUGGCUCAUUAUUGCAGGAAUGUAUCGUCGUGCAUCUCUGUUCGAUGAUGCACGCGAAGCCUGUGAAGAGGCCGCGAAACAGGUCACAAGGGUGGAAUCAGUAACAGCAGCGCAGGAGUCAUCAGCGCGGGCUUUCAGCAAUCGUGGCUGGAGUGCUACCAAAAGUUGUGAUGAGCUUUGGGCUGAUGUCUACUCCGAACAAGGGAUGUUGAGCCAGGCUCGAUCGAACCCCCACCAAGCUAUUAGACACUUUGAAGAGGCGCUUUUGCGCCAGUCCGACCACCCAAUGGCUACUAUUGGACUUGCAAACCUUCUCCUGGAUGUCUGGGACCAGAAGUUACCACUCGAGGCAGCGCGGGCCGACGUGGAUCUCAGUACCUCUCGCCUCUCCCUGCUCACUGAAACCCCCAAGCCAAAGACUGGCAAGGCUGUCUCGAUUGAUGAGUUGAAGGCUGCUGAAGCACUGGAGGUCGAAGGUUCAGCAGAGUGUUCAACCUCAGCACACGAUGUUGAGCCUAAGCAUCUCCACCGCCUCGCAGCACGGGAUCGUGCCUACGGUCUUCUUUCCGCAUUGACCAAGCUUGGCAGCUCGUGGGAUAGCUCCGAGGCGUGGUAUGCCCUAUCCCGGGCAUAUGAGGCCGGUGAGCAGGUCGAGAAACUGAGGGAGGUGCUUUGGUGGUGCAUUGAAUUAGAGGACCGCCGUCCGAUUCGACACUGGUCGAACAUUGGAUCAGGACUCUACGUUCUCUGA